CAGGGUCGUCAGUACGCCCCGUGCCGCCGACGGGAACCAUCUCUCAAAUGUCGAUCCCGAAGGUGUAGCUUAGAUUAGCCGAUAGUCCCGAUAAUAGGAGUGAAAUCGAGGAAUCGUCCAAUUUCUUUGUACGACAAACGAAUCGACGGAAUUUGAUACUAGAAAUUUAAAGCCUCGUAUUAUAUAUAUUAUAACGUAAAAGUGAGGGGUUGAACAGAAAAAAAAAAAAAAAUAGUCUCCAAAAAUUAAGAACGCAGCUCAAACGCUUAUUACGCAAAAUCGUAGAGAUAUUAUCUUGCAGAAAACAUAUUGUUAGUGCGAGUUGAACGUGAGUCGUCCCUCGUGCGUAAUUAACAAGUUAAUCUGUCGAUUGUACGAGUAAUCAACGUCGCAAGAGCCAAGUAACGCAACAAUUACCGGUAAAACGACACAGCCUGCACAAAAAUUUCGUAGAGUAAUUAAUAUUUUUUAAUCAGACACGAAUUAAACGGAAAGUAUAAAGAGAGGAAGAAGAGACCAAUUUUCAAUUUAAUUUUUUCAAACUGCGAAAGCGAAAGCUGUGAAAGUUUGAAUCGUCGUUUACGCCGUUAUUUAUCGUGGAAUUAAUUAGGCACGGGUGAUUAUAGAUAAUUGUUGACCAGUUCGCGUUCCUCGAGGGAUAAGUACACACCGCUAAGAAAGUAUAAUCUAACAAACGAAACUGUCUUCGUUUAGAUUUUCGAGUAUCCAACGCGUACCGCACAGGUUAAAAGACCAAGUGGUAAAACACAGAACACGUCCGUCUCAGGUAUAAUAAUCGUUAACUACAACCCUCAGAGUAUAUACACGAUCAAUUGUCCGCUGUAAUAUUUUUAUAAAGUAUAAUAUAUACGUAUUGAGAUAACCGUACCUACAUACAUAUUUUCCACGAUAUAUUCCGUAUAUUUUUACGAGGUAUCGAUAUUGUCGCGACGCGAUAAAUUAAUAUUCACAUUCUCGACUGAUGUAGAAGAAUAGCGUGGCAGAAUAUUUCAACCGUAUAACAAAUGAGAGAUUAUUCUUAUACCGAGCAGUGAAUGUAACAUUGGCUCGAAGGGAAAUUCGUAAUUUUGAUUUUAAAAUAAAGAGAACGACGAAAAAGCGAAAAAAAUAAACGAGAUAAACAAAAGUGUGUGAAAAGUCUGCGCAGCUGUACCAGGUAGAUAAUCUCAAGGAGUGAGAGAAAAGAGAGACGUGCAAGAUGGGAUGUAACACGAGCAAGGAAAGCGUUCAGCCAACAGCCGAGGAGGCUAAAGAGGACUCGAAGAACGGGGAUAUCAAACAAUCGACGGAAGGGACGGGGACCGACGAAACUGCCGCGGCGGAAGAGGCGAGCAGCAAAUCGGCCGAGGCCACUAAGGAGGCGGCGAGUCAGGGCGAGAACGAGAAGGACAAGGACGAGGCUGCCACCAGGAUACAAGCCGCGUUCCGAGGCCACCACGCGAGGAAGAGCAUGAAGGAACCGGAGAGCGGAACGAGGCAGCCGCAGAGCCAGAACGACGCGGAACCAACGCAGGAGCAGCUACUCGAGGAGUUCCGGGCGGAUGACAAGGACGUAAGAAAUGAGCUUAAUUUUCCAGAACUCUGCAACGCUGCUACCAAGAUCCAGGCGUCGUUCCGAGGCCACAUGUCGAGGAAGGAGCAGCAGGUCGUAUCGGCUGCCUCGGCGGCGAUCAAGCCGAUCGAACAGUUCGUAGAAAAAACGGCGGACAAAAUCGACCAGAAGGUAAACGACGCGCUGAACGAACUUGAGAGCAUCGACUUGACAGAUCCGGAUCUGCACAAGGCAGCAACAAAGAUCCAGGCGAGUUUCCGGGGUCACAAAGUGCGCCAGGACGGGCCGGCAGUCGGAGGAACAGAGCCUGGCAAGUAGGCGAAAGUACCGAAGGUACACGGGCUGGAAGAAAAAUGAGGAAGAACUUAAAAACCAAAGAGCAAAGAUAAAACGUAAAAAAAAAAAACAAAAAACAAAAGAAAAUUAAAAACGAAAAAUUUAUCCUUUUUCUAAGCCACCGCAAAAAAAAAAAUCCCGGAAGGUAACUCGGUGUGGGGAAAAAGAGAGAGAAGAUCUACUGUUUCUUUCCCACAAAUAAAAACCAAAAAAAAAAAGAAAGAAAACUGCGAGACACACAUUCCUGCGUCUAAUGUAAAUACAGCGGUAUUAUGAGUGGGAUUUUAUUGGCGCUGGCUGGAACGGAAAAACGAACAACCCGUUAUGCGAACGCUAACCGCUAACGGAUUAUAAAUUCAGUUACAUAUACGAUUCCUAUUUCUGUUUUUUUUUCUUUUUUUUUUUUGUUGCAUGAGUUUAUUUAUUCAUUUUUCUUCCUUUUUUUUUUUUUUUUUUGGCCCUCGUUUCAAUUUAUCAAAUCACUUCUGAUUAUUAAUUGAACCGUACGUCACGUAUUGUUGUUGUUAUUAUUGUUGUUAUUAUUAUUAUUAUUAUAUAUAUACUUACAGCGUAACAACGAUGUAGAAGUGCAUAUUUUACAUAAUAACUAAUCUAACUUAUAUAAUUACGCGGUAUAAAAACCGUAAAUAUGUGUGUGGUUCUUAGAUGCGGGGAGGUAUAAUAUACGUAUAAUAUAUACACGUGAUAGAAAAUAGAACCUACAUUGUGUUAUAAUUUUCAAUUGAAGGUGAAGAAAAUUUUUAAAAGAAUUUUAUCAAAAACUGGAAUAUAUCCUCAAGCCUGCUGAAUCGUUAAGACUUGCUGCGGAUUUAGAUUUUUUUUAUUUAUUCUUUUUUCCUAAUUUUUUUAAGUUUGUAAAGGUAACAUGUACGUCGUUUAUUAGAAAGAAAAAAAAAAAGAACAAUCGUACCUAACAUACAGGAUUUACGUUUAACAACAUUACAGUAAAACGGGGAUCGAACGAGAAGUGAGAAGUGAAUGAUACAGAAUCACUUUUCCGUACAGUUUAUUUUGUAAUAUAGUUACUCACGCAUUAUAGGUAUAAUAUAUUAUACACGCAAGAUUAGUAUAUAAAUACGUAGAAGUUAUAAUUAUAUAGUAAUUAUUAUUCUACAAGCUACAGGGAAAGGAAGAAAUUUUCAAAGGCAUUGCGUAUGCGUAUUGAAACGAAGAAAACUCGUUUAUGAAUAAACUAUGAACACGGGGAAAAAUUAUAACGAGCUGAGAAAACGAAAAAAAAAAGAAAGAAUAGUGAUAAAAUGAAAAAAAAUUUAGCGUCAAUUCGAUACUCAAAUCAAUUAGGGGGCUUCGUUUUGUUUGCGAGGCACGUACAAUUAUAAUGCGAUAUAGGAAUACGAAAAAUAUAUAAAGAGAAGUCUGUGAGCGGAAAUUUUAACAAUAAUAACAAUGAUAAUUAUGAUAACAAUAACAAUGAUAACACGGUACUUGAUGCAGGAAGGAAAAAUAAGCGAGAUGAGAAAAUUGAGAUAUAUUACACGUAUUACAUUGAAAAAUAUUACAUUUUAUAUCCCAGGCGCCGAUCUCGCUCGGUGUCUGUUAUUAUUAUCGCUAAUGUUGUUGUUAUUAACAUUAUUAUCAUCAUUAUUAUUAUUUUUACAAACAGGCCGUUUUCACGUCCGCGCGUCAUUCAUUCGUUUAAUUCGCUAGCUGAGAAAAAUGAAAGAUGAAAACUAACGAAAAACUAUAAAUGUCGUAUUAUAAUAACGACCGUAAAACAAUACCGAGAGUAAUGAUAAUACGAGGAAUAAAGUAUGAUUCCGCUAAUUUUUAAAAAAAAAUUGGGCUGCAAACCUGAUCGAAGAUACCGUUAACAUUUGAUAAUCACUGAUUGAAAGUUGUACUAAUAAUCGUUUUUGCCCCGUCAGAUAAUUGGGUACACUUAUUAUAUAUAUAUAUAUACAAUGCAUACUCCCGUAAUACGUGAAUUAUAUACGCGGUAUUAAUUUCCUCCCUUAUACGCAAUUUUAUUAUACCUAUUAUAUAUAUGAUUAUACAUCGUAUAUGUGUGUAUGUAUAUAGUUAUAUAUAUACAUUUAUAUGUACUGUAUAAUCAUCCGAUACACUUGAUACACAUAAUUAUUAUAUUAUACCUACAUCUACCAAUUAUUAUACAUAUAUAUCUGUAUAAAAAGCAGCCUAGUAUCUACACAUACAUAUAUUAUUAUUAUUAUACACCGUAACCGCGAUUUUCUCCAAUUUACACUAAAGCGAUAAACUUCUGAUAGUCGAAAAUAAAAUUGAUAUAUCUUAUAUAUGUCAAAAACAUCCUAAACACGAAACAACGUUAAUUAAUUCAUUAGUGAUUAAUUGACUUGUGGUUGGUAUUUUUCUAGCCCAGCGUCGCAUUGCAAUUGCUUUGCAAUUGCUUAACGUCAGUGUUGUUCUUUAAAAAUCUUGAUUGUUGAUUACUAUGCAUUGUUAUUUGUUGAGCAAUUGUCACCGCUUGUACGUUUAACAUUGGGAGAAGAAAAAAAAAUCGGAAAAAAAUGAUAACUCUUCUGUGAUUAACAAGAUUAGUUAAUCGAUGAAUGAAGAGAGAAGUAAAAAAAAAAACAAUUCAACGCUAGCGCGUCUAAUAAUUUAUUUCUCGUUGCAUUGAUCUCUUGUACGCAGUUGGAAAAUUUUC